AUGACCAGCCCCAACCCCCUCAACGUGUACAAAGGACAAGAAUCCAUCCAGAAGUACUUCGAUCCAGAAUCAGCACCGCCGCUACCGCUUGUCGAGAUUCCCGACUCGCUUAAUCCCUAUCGUCAAGAUGGAGUACGUAUUUAUGCCAAGAUGAUGACUAUGCAUCCUGCGAACAACGUCAAAGCGAUGCCAGCCUUGAAUCUUCUUCAAAAUUGUGUCGUUCCUGGCAAGACAAAGGCUGUUGUCGAGUACAGCUCUGGAUCAACUGUCCUGUCCAUGUCAUUGAUUUCACGAGCGAUUCAUGGAGUCGAUGAUGUUCGAGCGUUCUUGAGUAACAAGACGAGCUCAACAAAGCUUAAACUCAUGCAGUUCUUUGGCAUUGACAUCACGCUGUUCGGCGGUCCGUCCCAGCCAGAGCCUCUCGACGAGCGAGGUGGCAUCAGAGCUGCUCAAAGGCUCGCGCAAGAAUCAGAUGCGACCAUCAUCAACCCAAAUCAAUAUGAGAACGAUCUUAACUGGAAUGCCCACGUCAAGUGGACUGGUCCACAAAUCUACAAGCAGUUACCAGAGAUAAACGUCAUCUGUGCUGGCAUGGGGACCUCAGGAACUAUGACUGGACUUGGCACAUACUUCAAAGAUGCAAAGCCUACAGUAUACCGACUUGGUGUUUGCACAGCGCCCGGUGACCGAGUCCCCGGCCCCCGAUCCUUCGCUCUCAUGGCUCCCGUCCAGUUUCCCUGGAAACGGGCAGUCGAUCAUAUCGAAGAAGUCGACUCUCACAACUCUUUCUCCAUGUCGUUAGAUCUCUGCCGAAACGGUAUCGUCUGUGGACCUUCUUCAGGUUUCAACCUUAAGGGUUUGUACCAGCUUAUAGAAAAGCGUAAGGCUGAAGGUACUCUGUCAGACCUGGCUGGACCAGACGGAACUGUCAACUGUGUCUUCCUAUGCUGUGACCUGCCUUAUCAGUACAUCAACGAGUACUUUGACAAGCUUGGAGAGAGCUACUUCCCCUCCAUCAAGAACGGGGACCUCUUGGAAGUCGACUUGUAUCGGUAUGAUGAAAAAUGGGAGAGAUCAGCAUCCGAGGCCCUCGGUGCAUUCUUUGACGUUGACAGAGGAGCACUUCUCGACAUGGUCCUUGCCGACCCCAAGACAGGAUCUGUCAAUACCGUCGACUUACAGAGCAUUCUGAGAUCCAAACAGGACACUACUAUAAUCGAUCUACGCCAACCUGACGACUUCAGCAUGUUCCAUCUACCAGGCGCUGUCAAUAUGCCUUUUGUCCAAGACGGCACCCCAAGCCCAUUCUCUGAUGCAAAGCUAUUGGAAUCACUAUGGAAGAAUCUUGAUGGGGCUUUUAAGGCUCCAGGAGCAGAAGUCCAGUCUCUUCUCAGCGGAAGACGAAUUCUUCUCACAUGUUACGAUGGCGACAGCGCUCGAGUUGCAACCAGUGUCUUGAGGGCCAAGGGAUAUGAGGCGGAUAGUAUCAGAGGUGGGUUUCAGGCAUUGAACAAGAUGAGACAGAGCUCAAACCAAACCCCUAUGGCUGGAUCUCGAGAAUCAUCGCCUUGGGUGGAUUUGAGUCAGGAGGCACUGAGUGUUGGCGCGUCACAGUCUGCUCGCGUUUCUCUAUAG